CUGCAACAUUUAAUAGGCACAAACCUAUCUCUCUCUCUCUCUCUCUCUCUCUGUUUUAUACCCACUGUCGCUAUGGUCGCGCCGCCCGUAGCCGCCGCGUCCUUAGAGCUCUCUCCUCCGCUCCCCGCCGUCGUCGAACAACCAAUGGAGAAACCCCUAACAACCCCGAGUCAACAACUCAGCUUCCCGAACGAGUUCCCUUACGAGUUCGGCGACUUCUCAACCUUUUCCACUUCUCCAGAGGACACAACGGAGACGGAAGAUGAAACAACCGACGACGAAGAUGACUUCUUAGCCGGUUUAACCCGCAGACUCGCUCUCUCGACUCAGCGCCUCUCUUCUCCCUCAUUCAUCACCGACAUGGCUCAGUUGAAACCCCAAGUCACUGAGUCAGCACAGAGUGGACUCGGAAGUCCUAAUGGUCCGUUUUCCCAAGUCCCUUCACCGCCGACAUCUCCGUUUCGUGAAGAAGACUCGCUGAAAGUGUUGUCUGCUGCAGCUGGAGAAGUCGCCAAGAUUCAAAAGGCUAAUUUUGAUGCUAAACCCUCAAGCCGCCCAAACCCUAAACCUAAUUCCCUAAUCCCAUUUCCUCAAAACGCGGCGUUUUCAAACUACUACUGGCUGUGGCAGCCACAUUACUAUCAGUCUCGAGUCCCAAAUGCUUGGCUUGUGUCUCCUGCUGCUCCCGUUAGAAGCGUCUUCACCGCUCCAACCACCGUUAAGCCGCCUUCUACUGGUACCGGCGUUUUCCUUCCCCGGAGAUACUCAAACCCUUCCGAUUCCCAGAAGAAAUCAGGAGGUGGAUGUGUUAAGGUUCCGACAAAGGUUGUUAACCAAAAAAAACCUAAAAUUGAAGAAGUCUCUGGUCGGAGCAAACCAAAUUCGAAAGCUCGUGUCUCUACUGGACGCGGCAAAAUCGAUCAAGCUGGUGGUGGAUGUCAGAAGCAAGAAAGACCUCUUCCAAAAGAAUGGACGUACUAAGUUUGAAUUUUAAGGUUCUGUGUGGAUUCAGGGACUUUGGAGAUGAAAAGAAAUGGUCGUAGUUAGUGGGUUGGAUAUAUAAGUUGGGAUUGUGAUGGUUACUGGUUAUAGUAGUAAAAAAUAAUUAUGUUGGGGUUAAAUUGGAUUGGGAUUGAUUAUUUAGUUAUUUGCUUAAUUUAUGUUUAAGUAGGAGUUAAUGAAUACAUUUUUUUGGCCUUGGGAGGUUGGAAUAAGGUUUAGUGCAACAACAUAGAGGAUGUGUUUGAGAGUACUUUAAGUUUAAGGGUAUUUUCUUCAGUUUUGGAAUCUAUGGGGUUGCAAUAAAGAGUAUCUGUAAUUUGUUUGUUUUUUUUAUUAAAAGAAGCAAAAGAAAGUUAUAGUGAAUCAUACUAGUAAUAGAGAAGAUUGUAUCCUGAAGUAGUUCCCUAUAUUUUCCCUAUCAAUAUAAUUUAAUGUUUGUUGCA